AUGUCAUCCUCCGAUGAAUGCAACCGCUCUGGCGGAGCGAAUACGCCAUCGCCGAAAAUUUGUGAAUUUUCAGACGAAAAUUUAAAUAUAGAUAUAGAUGUACUUAUAAGUGAAGUCCAAGCAAGAGCCCUUCUUUGGAAUAAAAGCCAGGAUCAUUAUUCAGAUAGAAAUUUAAAAAGAGCGGCUUGGGAAGAAAUAUGUGUUUUAUUUUAUCCAGAUUUCAAUAAGAUCUCUAGGCAGCAACAAAAUCAAAUUGGAAACAGCAUAGAAAAGAAAUGGAGGAAUCUUAGAGAUGCGUUCACUAGAAGCUUAAAAGAGGAUAAACCCAAAUCAGGAGAUGGCGCAAAAAAAAAUAUAAAAACAAUAUUUAUACCAUGA